AUGUUCAAAGUCGGCGGUUGGCUCAAAGGCCAUGCCCCUGGGCAUACAAAGAGCUUGGAUUCUCUGAGUGAACUUGCACAGAUCGAGGAUGCCAUGAGCGCUGUCACCUAUAUCAUGGCCGAUGAUAUCGAAAGCGCCGAAGCACACCUCAACAAAGGCAGUUCGCCAUUCCACCAGCUUGGGUCGGGAGUGUGUGUUUUCAUACGGGCAACGUUGGGCUUUGAGCCAGAAAUUGUACGCGAAGCUGCCAACGCCUUAUCUUUGGCAGAGAACUCGGCUUACGAACGUCAACGCCAAGUUAGCAAAGAUCCGAAUGCAUAUAAAUCACCCAUAUAUCCCCCAGGCACCGAAUACGCGGUAUGCCAAGCAGAGGCACAGCUCAUGAGUGCCGUUGUCGGUGUGCUCAACGAAAGCUUGACGGAAGCUAUCAAGAGUUUCUACAAGUUGAGGAAAGCGUAUCUUGCACUGGAGGCUGUUAUGGAGAAUGAGAAGAAAUUCUUGAGCCAGAGAAGUACAAGUAGUGUGAAUUCCGUGGGGUCGCGCGGCUCUUCCAAGGGCUCGGUUCGGUCAAACUUGGCAGGCAGCGGUCUCAAAACCUCUCAGCCUGCUACUUCGGCCGGGCCGUCUGCUGCAGCGUCAACUUCUAGUCUGAAGCAAAGUACCACGGUGACUGGACCAGCAGCGAAGAAAGCUACAGAUGACGACGAUGACGAUUUCGAUUUCGUGGACGCUGCAGAGAAUAAGACAGGUGUUUCAACGCCUGCAGAGUACCAGGGGAACCUCAAUGUAGCUGCCGAUAAAGGUGCUUCAGUCGAGCUCAACAACGCGGAGAAGACGGUUGAUGUCGGAGCAAGCUCGGCGCCAGGGCUUCCCGUCACGAACGAGAACCCAUCAGAUUCCCUACCAGACGCCAUCGAAUACUUCGAGCAACUCACCUUGAACGAUGAAGGUGAUGCAGAUGCAGACAUCGCGUCGUUCAGUAAACACCCCGUGGAUGUCUUCAUCCUCUCUGGAUCGAAUUUUUGCUUCGGUAUGCUAUUACUCAUUCUCUCGUUCAUCCCGCCAUCUUUUGCAGGGUUGUUGAAGAUCGUUGGCUUCAAGGGCGAUCGUGAAAGGGGCAUGCGCAUGCUAUGGCAAGCUACUAAGUUCCACAACAUACACGGUGCUAUGGCUGGUGUUGUGCUAAUGGGAUACAUAAAUGGGUUCACAAACUUCUGCGACAUACUUCCUACCAAGGGUGAGGGUGCAUAUCCUAAGGAACAGUGCCUAGCUUUGCUCCGCUACAUGCGCGCAAGGUACCCUACAAGUCACCUUUGGCUACUGGAAGAGUCUCGAAUGCUCGCUUCAGAGAAAGAGUUGGAGAAGGCUGUUAAGUUCAUGGACGACAUGGGCGAGUCGAAGCUAAAGCAGCUCGAAGCGCUUAGAUGGUUCGAACAAAGUUUAAACAACAUGUACAUGCACGACUAUAAAGCGACUGCAUUCGCUUUCGAAAAAUGCAUUGGGCUCAACAACUGGAGUCACGCAUUGUACUACCACAUCAUCGCCGCCUCAUAUGUCGAGCUCUACAGAAAACUCAAGACAACCAACCCAACUGAGGCAAAGGAGUACGGUGCAAAAGCAGAAGAAUACAUGAAGAAGGUCAUGCCAAACGUGGGAAAGAAGAAGUUCAUGGCACGUCAACUACCUUUCGACAUCUUCGUUGCCCGUAAGAUCCAGAAAUGGGAGGCACGUGCGAAGGAGUGGAACUGCGACCUGGUAGACGCCGUAGGUGUGUCACCACUCGAAGAGAUGAUUUACUUCUGGAACGGAUACAAACGCAUGCGAAACGAUCAUCUCGAAGUCUCCCUCGCCAACCUGGCGUGGAGCGAGUCAUCCGCCAAUCCACACUGGGACAAGGAGGGUGUAGACGAAAAGUCUAUCCUCAACGUCCUUCGCGCUGCUACUCUUAGAAACAUGGAUCAGACAGUCGAAGCCAAGAGUAUCUUGGAGAAAGAGGUUUUACCAGUUGAUAAAGCGCUUCUUACAGGCAAUUUCAAGGACAACUGGACCGCACCUUGUGCACGCUACGAGAUGGCUGCAAACAUCUGGCGUGAGGCUGACGCUGAUGGGCAUCCGGAGAAGAACCCUCAGAUGUUGGUUCAGUGUAAGGAUUGGCUUGAUGAGGUCACAAAGAUGGGUGGGUUCGACUUGGAUGCAAGAAUCGGCAUGAAGAUCACAACUGGAAAAGAGACCUUGCGUAAGUUUGGUGUGCAGUGUUAG